AUGGCAGCGAAGCGGAAUGGCGAGCGCCAACGAUACUCCUUUUGUGGAUCCCGACAUUACGGUUACGGCGCUGCGGUUGCACCCAUCUCGGCCAUCUCAGACACUGGAACCUCGGACGUCGGCUCAAUGGAGCGAACCUGCCUGCCAUUGGCAGAUGAAUCGCCACGUCCGUCGGCCAUCGGUAGGGCCAAGCUGUCCAGCAACGAGAACACUGCAGCGUCCCUCGGAGCGCUGCCAGUGCAAGUGUACGCCAGCCAGGUUUCUGGGUGCUGCCGGGAUCUCACGUAA